AUGGAAACCAAGCGACUAAGGCGAGAAGUUAAAGUUCUCCUCGGUCAGUAUGUUGGGCAAAAACUAAGAGAAAAUGGCUUUGAUCCCAAGGGAACAGGCUCUUCCUCAGUUCUUGAUGAUCUGGCUCAUUAUGAUUUAGCCAUAAACGUGGCUUUAUGGUGGCUGGAGAAAAAUGAUUUUCCAUUUAAAAAUGAACUAUUAGGAGCCACCAGUCUUGGCCAAAGUCAGUGUCCUAACCGAAUGGAAAGAGAAGCUAUCAUCCUUUCAUCUUUUGCUGGAACGCUUUUGAACAGUUUACCUGUGGAUGAGAUCCUGUCUCUGUAUAGCUGCAAGCCGUCUGCAACUUGUCUUCAUCCAGACACUAAAAGCAACAUUGUUCACCCUUUCUUCUUGUCCUAUCACCCGUUUGCCAUGCUCAGUUCAUUUAAAGCCGUAAACCAGUCAAAAAAACACACUCAGAUGCUGAAACGGAACACCCUACACAAUAAAGCACGAUCUUCUGAGCUGAAGAAAUCAAAAGCCUGCUCCGAAGCUUCCUCCUCUCAAUCAUUUUUUGGUGACAGUGAGGAUUCACUGAAUGAGCAAACAAAGCUUUACGACAGCUCACAGGAAUCUCAGCAGGACUGAACGCUACCCAGCCAAAAACCCAGCUCCAGACCAUCCUGUAACCAGCCCAACAUGUUUUACAUUUAAUUGUAUUUUGCAAGUUUUAUCUUCAGCAACACACAAUUUGUCUCAAUUAGCUUUUGAUUAGCAUGGGAUCAUUGGAUGGGUCAGAUUAAGUUUA